AUGGCAGGAAUCUUCGAGCAGUCACGUAGCGGAGGAACUCUGUUUCUCGGAGGCCAGAAAAUCAGUGGGCAAGACAUCCGCGACGAGAAUGUCCUGGCCACGCAGGCCAUCUCCAACAUUGUCAAGUCGUCGUUUGGCCCGUCUGGCCUCGACAAGAUGAUGGUCGACGACAUUGGCGAUGUCACCGUGACCAACGAUGGCGCUACCAUUCUCAGCCUGCUCGACAUUGAGCACCCCGCAGGCAAGAUUCUCGUCGAUUUGGCGCAACAACAGGAUAAGGAGGUCGGUGAUGGCACAACCUCUGUCGUCAUAAUAGCAGCCGAGCUUUUGCGGAGGGCGAACGAGCUCAUGAAGAACAAGAUUCACCCCACUACCAUCAUCACUGGGUACAGGCUAGCACUGAGGGAGGCGGUCAAAUACAUGAACGAGAACAUCAGCACAAAGGUCGAUGCCCUCGGUCGCGAGUCGCUAGUCAACAUUGCAAAGACAUCCAUGUCCAGCAAGAUCAUUGGCUCGGAUUCGGACUUCUUCGCCAACAUGGUCGUCGACGGCAUGUCCGCUGUCAAGAUGACCAACAACAAGGGCGAAGUCAAGUACCCUGUCAAGGCGGUAAACAUUCUCAAGGCACACGGGCAAAGCGCGACCCAAUCAAUAUUGGUCAAGGGAUAUGCUCUGAACUGCACAGUCGCCUCCCAAGCCAUGAAGACACGCAUUACAGACGCGAAAAUCGCCGUCUUGGAUAUCAACCUUCAGAAGGAGCGCAUGAAGCUGGGCGUACACAUCACAAUCGACGACCCAGAGCAGCUGGAAAAGAUCCGGGAGCGUGAAGCUGGCAUCGUCACCGACCGUAUCGAGAUGAUCCUAAAGGCAGGCGCCAACGUUAUUUUCACCACCAAGGGCAUCGACGACAUGUGCCUCAAACAAUUCAUUGAAAAGGGCGCCAUGGCGGUACGGAGAUGCAAGAAGGAGGACCUGAGGAGGAUAGCAAAGGCCACGGGUGCGACCAUGGUCAGCACUCUAUCCGAUUUGAACGGAGACGAGAAGUUCGAGGCGGCCAAUCUGGGCCACGCUGAGGAGGUUACCCAGGAGCGUAUUUCAGACGACGAGUGUAUCUUGGUCAAGGGUACCAAGGCAUUCUCUUCUGCAUCUAUCAUUCUGCGUGGAGCCAACGACUACGCCCUGGAUGAGAUGGAGCGAUCAGUCCACGACUCCCUGUCCGCCGUGAAGCGAACGCUUGAGAGCGGCCGCAUCGUACCCGGUGGUGGCGCUGUCGAGACUGCUCUGCACAUCUACCUGGAAGAGUGGGCAACAUCAGUCGGCUCCCGCGAGCAACUCGCCAUCGCCGCCUUCGCCCAAUCCCUCCUCUCCAUUCCCAAAACCCUCGCCAUCAACGCCGCAAAAGACGCAACCGAACUCGUCGCGAACCUCCGCUCCCGCCACGCCCUCUCACAACGUACCGUCAAUCCCUCGGACCCUUCCUCACAAGACGCAAAGCAGCUCGCAAAGUCGAAAAAUUACAAAAACUACGGUCUCGACUUGUCAAACGGCAAGGUGCACGAUUGCCUCAAGGCUGGUGUGUUGGAGCCUAGUAUGAGCAAGGUGAAGCAAUUGAAGUCUGCGGUCGAGGCAUGUGUGGCCAUUAUGCGUAUCGAUACCCUUAUCAAGCUGGAUCCGGAAGAGAGGGGUGGGGGUGACGAUGAUGGACAUGGACACUAG